AUGGGCAUCCCCGUUUGGGCUUUACUUUCUUCGUUGCCUACUUGGGAUAGAACAACUUACCUCCUUGUAGACGACCGCAAAAAGAUUGCUGUGAGGUAUAUGACCAAGUUCUGGCUUCCACUGGAUAUAGCCUCAACCUUGCCAUUUCAGCUCAUAUACAGAGUUAUAACUGGGAAAACAAAAACAGGUGCUGUUUUUGGUUUCCUCAAUCUCCUUCGAUUCUGGCGACUACGCCGUGUUGGCAAGCUUUUUGCAAGGUUGGAAAAAGACACACGAUUCAGCUACUUCUGGACAAGAUACAUUAAACUCAUCUCUGUGACCCUCUUCAUAGUGCAUUUUGUAGGUUGUUUCCAGUACUGGAUGGCUACCCAUUACUUCGAUAAAGAGAAAACAUGGAUUGGUGCUCAAUUAGGAAAUUUUGAAGACAGGAGUAUUUGGAUAGGCUACACAUAUUCUUUGUACUGGACCAUUACCACUCUAACGGCUGUUGGCUAUGGAGAUCUGCAUGCCCAGAACACUAGAGAGAAGAUUUUCAACAUCUUUUUCAUGUUUUUUAACAUUGGUCUCACUGCUUAUCUCAUUGGUAAUAUGACCAAUCUUAUUGUGCAUAGUGCCCAUCGAACUUUUGCUAUGAGAGAUGCAAUCAAUAAAAUAUUGAGAUUCUCUAGCUCAAAUAGACUUCCAGAGAACUUAAAAGAGCAAAUGAUGGCACACAUGCACCUACAAUUUAGGACACAAGAGAUGCAGCAAGACCAAGUGUUUCAAGAUCUACCUAAAGCAAUAGGUCAACAUCUUUUCACAACAACUGUUAAGGGUGGUUACCUGUUCAAUGAAGUUUCCGAAGAUCUUAUUGUUCAGUUGAUUACUGAAAUGAAAGCAGAAUAUUUUCCACCAAAAGUUGAUAUUAUUAUACAAAACGAAAUACCGACAGACUUCUAUAUUAUAGUUUCUGGGCAAAUGGACUUGCUGACAUACAAAGAUGGAACAGAACAGGUUUUAUCAAAAUUAGGCCCUUCGGAAAUGGCAGGAGAAAUAGGGGUGCUUUUCAAUAUCCCACAGCCAUUUACAGUGAGGAGCAAGAGGCUUUCCCAGGUUAUUCGAAUAAGUCAUCAGCAUUUUAAGCAAAUUGUGCAGCAACAUGCUGAUGAUGGAUCGCGAGUCAUCUCAAAUUUCACUGAGCACUUAAAGACCAUACAAACAGAGAUACUCGAACAAAUUCCCUUUGUAACAGAAUUUCUUGGUGACCUCCACAAUAUACCCAAGCGAAACAUCUCGAGAGGGGAAGUAAAAGACCGUGAAGCAUCGUUAAGAAAUGCUAAAGGAGUUCCAGCAAGUCCUACACGUGCCCUCAUGAGGUUGAUAAUCCACGGGCAUCAUCCAGAUGAAAUAAAUACAACAGAAAGCAACAAGCCUGGAAAACGUAUCCAUUUGCCAGGAUCAAUGGAAGAGCUUUUGCAAUUGGCAGAGACAAAAUUCGGUAAAACAGGGAGCAAGAUUAUAAUGACUGAUGGAUCAGAAGUGGAAGAAUUGAGCGUUUUAAGAGAGAAUGAUAAUCUGUUCUACUGCUGAGAGAGACAAAUUCUUUUGCUUCGUUUCAUCCAACAUGUAUAAAUUCAUUUCAACAAUGUAAACUAAUAAUGUAACU